AGAUUUUGCUUCAGUUGACAUAUCACGUUUUUUUAAAAAUGAGUCAGUCUCCAUCCUACCAGAGAGAUACUUCCUCUCCUGAGAGUCCUAAAGAAGGUGACUUCUCUCCUCGACAGCUUUAUGACAACCCAAAGAGCCUGGAGGAGCACGAGACAUGUGAAGACCAGAAAGAUCCCAUUGUUGAUAUUAUACCCGACAACUACUUCAGCUCUCUUUUGAACACUCAAAUCUGUGCUCCGCUUGCGACAAAUGACCUUGGGAAACUAUGUGCUGCCAUGCUUCCACAAGAACAACCGAUUACGAAAAGCCAUUGGAGAGAACCAAGAUGCUUCAGUACAUCGCCUAUAAAAAAGAAGCUUCCGGUCUCACCAGAGUUCAUAGAGGUACGCACGCUGGAUGGAAGAUUCAUUACUUUGGUGAACACUCACACCCAGACAGAUUGGGAGUGGGUGGAGCAGAGCCUCUCUUUCAGCUGUCAAGUUCAAAAGGAAAUUGAAGAUCCCCAGGUGUUGCAGGCAGAGGUGGUGAGCAUGGACACUGAUUCUUCAGAGGUAGCCUGCUCAUGGGAAAAAACAGAGGAUGAAGAGAUGCCAAAGGAGUAUGACAUACCUUGUGUGGGUCCACCUCGUCUCAUAGCAUACAAGCCAGAGCCAAAACAAACUCAUCAUGCUGGAAAGGUUCCAGAGGUUGAAUCUAAACAGGAUGUGCAUCUUGCUCAGUGUGACUAUUGCCAGCAGCUCUGUCAGCCCUUCAUACAGAGUGAACUGCUGGAAAACGAAACAGACUUUGAGAGGCUCUUUUGUUGUGAGCAAGCUAAACAAAUGAGAGAGGUUAUCCUGGAAGAGAAAGAAAAAUUGGCACAGAAGGAGUCAGGUAGAAAGAUUGAUGUGAACCUUCAUGCACCCGUCAUGAGUGAGAGGGAGAGGGAAACUACUCAAUUGCAGGCAAGGAAGAGGUUGAGACAUUUGCAGAGAAAAACUAAAAAUGAGAACUUGAAUAAAGAAUUAAGCCUCAAAAAUAAAACCUCCGUCAGGCAGUCAAAACAGAUUCCCUACAUCAAUGAUGAGCCUCACAUUCCUCGGAAUAAUAUCAGAUCUACACUACAAGAGGAGACAGAUGGUGAGCCAAAGGAAGCAAUUAAGAAGUUCUACAAAAGUGGGAAAUGUUUUCUCACCUUAUAUCCAGACGGAACAGGUAAUGUUUUUUAUCCUUCUGGGAAAGCAGCCAUUAUAAUAUCCUCUGCAGAAGCUGAUGACUUCACUUACAUAAUCUUGGAGGACAGGGACAUAGCACCCAGCAUCAAAGGCAUUUUCACAAAUAAAGGCCACUCCACAUGCUACCAUCCCAAUGGAAUGAUAUGGUUGAAUCUGACCCCUGUUGGAGGUCUCUGCCUCAGUGAGACAGGAGCUAUGAAGAGGCGCUGGAAUUGGUUGUAUUUUGACCCGCAUGUACGUAACCUUCCCUUCCAGCCUCUAACCUUUGCCCUGGGUCCACACAUCAGUGUGCGUAUACACUCACAAGAACGCAUGUACAUCACCUUCGCACAUCGGCAAAACAGCGUGCGCUUCAGUGUGGGGUCAAAGGUUAAGCUCAUUUAUCCAGAGAGCCAUGACAAGCUGUGGCAAGACGUUCUGGAGAGAUAUAUCCAAAUGAAGAGCUCAGAGAUUUACUCUCUGCUUGGCCAGAUGCAGACCUGCAUGUCCCACCACUCUGCAAAUCUGAGCAACAUUAAGCCACAUUACAGUUUCAUUGCCCAGACGCAGCGGCUUAGCAGACAAAUGGAAAAGGAGAAGUCACCCGAAAAGAUAAAGGAGCAUGUAAAUUAAGAGAGAAAUACAGAAUUGGCAAAUGCUGAUAUAAUUUGUGGCUGUGUUACAGUUUACAGCCUUGUGUUAUUUUAAACCUCUGGAGUAUCUGGUGCUUAUAGUCAUUCACGGUUACAUUUAGACUGCAAAGGGCUGGAGCUUUAUAGAAAACGAUUUAUGGAAGAUUGGGUCAAUUGGUUUGGCAAUUCAGAAAUUUCUGUAAACAAAGCUGUUCAUAGUUAAAAUGAACUAAAGGUGAAAAUUAAAAAAAAUCUUAGGAAAGAAGCCCAGGUUGUCUGUGUUUGAGCCAUAUUUACAGUAUUUAAAAAGACCACUGGGAGCAAAUUAGUUUAUACCUUCCAUAAGAUCUGCUGUGAUGGAUUCAGAGCUAAACUGAUUGCUUUUAUGAAAGAGAACAGCUACACCACAUAAUUGAAUGAUGAAUGAGACUGAAAACCUCCAGUUAAAUACCUCUCCUAACAGCGUGACCAAGACCUUCAACAUUGUUUGGAGACCAGAGUAAUAUUUCCAACACCUGACUUGUUAUUGAAGCUAGUUCUUGUCCUUUCCUAAAUAGAAAAACACAAGUUGUACAUACAUGUCUUCUACUUUAUAAGAGCACAAACAGGCCAGCAGGGACAAUAAACAGGCAGUAAUCCAUAAACACACAGAGUUUAACAUAAAUCCCCCUCAUCCCUCUCUUCAUCAUCCAUCUAAUCCCACCUCUCGUUUCCGAAAAUCAUCACAUGCCCAUUUUCCCAGUUAAAACACUACUUUUCCAAACUAGUGAUUACUAGGCAUUUUUAUGAAAACCAACUACUGGCAAACACCAAACAGUAGUAAUAAUAACUGUUCAUCUGCCCAUGAACAUGCAUGUUAUGUUACUGUAUUGUAACAUAAAUAACCAUUCAGUCAGACAUGUCUCCAAUACAAAACCUAAUGCGAUCCUGGUAUUGUGUUACUAAGGUUUUUACAGGCAAAAAGCAAGGCUUCCUUCGGUUCCAUUGAGUAAAAUGGCAUGAGAUUAAGUUUUUAAUUGGAUGUUCAGAUUCUGUAUAUUAUUUCUGAUUUAUUUAGGAAGUAAACAUAAUGUAUUUGCAAAUGCUAAAUUGCAUGCAUUAGAGAACAAUGCUUUGUGGUGUAAAGCUUACCAAUAUACAGACAUAGUAGAGUCUGAAGCCAAUAUUAAUGAGUGCUACUCUUCUCUGUCUAUUGCAGCUUAUUUUCAUAUUGCAGACAUAAGUUUUAGUCAAAGUAAACUAACG